AUGGCGACUGCCAUGUCUCUGUUCUUUGUUUUUACUGCAGAUGAAGAGGACACAGUUAUUGACUCUGAUGGGAGGCAGGAGAGGGCAAAAUAUAAGGAGAGAAAGAAAGUGAGGGACAGAAAGAGAAGAAGAAAUGGAGCAAGAAGAGCUUCCAGUGCAGGAAAAGAAGGAAAGGAAUUGGAGGACAGACCAGAAAGAGGGGAGAGGAGAGGAAUAAAAAAGAGGGAGAAGGAGGGGAAAGGGAAAGGGGGAGAGGAUGAGAGACAGGAAGAAGGAAAGAAUGACACUGUUGCCAAAAUUCAAAAGAAUUUCAGCAAUGAAAAGACUAGAAAACUGGAGCAAAAAGAGAUGGAGGUUGUAGGAGAGGAGGAUGGGGAUACCGAGGGGAAGAGGAAAAAUGGACACUCAAAAAAAGAGGAGAAGAAGGAGGACAAUGAAAGAGGGGAGAAAGUUCAGAAGAAAAAAAAGAACAAAAGGAUUGAGACAAGUUCAGAACAGGAGUCAUCAGAGGAAGAGGAGGAUGAGGUAGAGGAAGAGGGAGAGGAGAAACCAGAGGUCUUGUCUCCCGAGGAGUUGGAGAAGUUGAAGGAGGCAGUGGAUGAGAGGAAGAAACGUAUCUCAACCCUAAGAGGAAAGCCUUGGCCCAUGAGGAAGAAACUGCUAACUCUACGGGAGUCCCAUGAGUUUGUGGAGAAAUAUGAGGGAGCUCUUGGGAAAGGAAAGAGCAGAAAACUGUAUGCAUAUAAAGUCAUGAUGUUGAAGAAAUGGAUGAAGUUUCAGAGGGACUUUGAAAACUUCAAAACUGCUUGCGUUCCAUGGGAGAUGAAAAUCAAAGAGAUUGAGAGCCAUUUUGGCUCCUCGGUUGCCUCCUACUUCAUAUUCCUGAGGUGGAUGUAUGGCAUCAACAUGAUCCUCUUUGGGCUGACGUUUGGCCUGGUCAUGGUGCCAGAGGCUCUGAUGGGCAGGCCAUAUGGUAGCAUGCCCAGAAAGACUGUCCCUAGAGCUGAGGAAGCCAACGCCAUGGACUUUGCUGUCCUAUGGGACUUUGGGGGCUACGCCCAGUAUUCUGUCCUCUUUUAUGGCUACUACAACAGCCAGCGCGCCAUUGGCUGGCUCAAGUUCCGCAUGCCCCUCUCCUACUUCCUGGUUGGCGUGGGAACUGUGGCCUACAGCUAUAUGGUGGUGAUAAGGACUAUGGCCCGGAACGCUAAUGAGGAUGGGGGCGGAGAUGACAACAGCUUCAAUUUCAGCUGGAAGAUGUUCACCAGCUGGGAUUACCUCAUCGGCAACCCAGAGACAGCCGACAACAAGUUUGCCUCCAUCACCACCAGCUUCAAGGAGGCCAUUCUGGAGGAACAGGAGAGCAGGAAGGAUGACAACAUCCACUUGACCCGUUUCCUGCGGGUUCUGGCCAACUUCCUGGUGCUGUGCUGUCUAGCAGGAAGUGGAUAUCUCAUCUACUUUGUGGUGCGUCGCUCCCAGAAGUUUGCUUUAGAGGGACUGGAGAGCCAUAGCUGGUGGGAGAGGAAUGAGGUGAACAUGGUGAUGUCCCUCCUGGGGAUGUUCUGUCCCAUGCUGUUUGAUGUCAUCAGUGCACUAGAGAACUAUCACCCCCGCAUUGCUCUACAGUGGCAGCUGGGACGCAUCUUCGCCCUAUUCCUGGGGAACCUCUACACCUUCAUCAUCGCACUCAUGGAUGAGAUCAACCUCAAACGGGAGGAGGAGGAGGUGCUAAAGCUUAAUAUGACUAUAUGGGAGGCUAGUCUGUAUAAUGGGACCCUGGGAGCGAACAGCACAGCUCCUCCCAUCACUGUCCACCCUGCCGACAUCCCACGAGGACCCUGCUGGGAAACCAUGGUGGGACAGGAAUUUGUCAGACUCAUUGUGUCGGAUACCAUGACAACCUACAUCACGCUCCUGAUCGGUGACUUCUUGCGUGCUGUGCUGGUGCGUUUCCUCAACUACUGCUGGUGUUGGGACCUGGAGGCUGGAUUUCCCUCCUACUCAGAGUUCGAUGUCAGUGGGAAUGUCCUGGGCCUGAUCUUCAACCAAGGCAUGAUAUGGAUGGGUGCGUUCUAUGCCCCCUGCCUGCCUGCUCUGAACGUGUUGAGACUGCAUGUGUCAAUGUACCUGCAGUGCUGGGCCGUCAUGUGCUGUAACGUUCCCCAGGAGAGGGUGUUCAAGGCCUCAGGCUCCAACAACUUCUACAUGGCUAUGCUACUGGUCAUCCUCUUCCUCUCAACGCUGCCCGCCAUCUACACCAUAGUCACCAUCCCCCCCUCCUUCGACUGUGGCCCCUUCAGUGGGAAGAGCCGCAUGUUUGAUGUGAUCCAGGAGACGCUGGAAUCUGAUUUCCCUGCCUGGUUUGGGAAGAUGUUCAGCUACGCCUCCAACCCUGGCCUGGUGCUGCCUUUCCUACUGCUCAUGGUUUUGGCCAUUUAUUACUUGCAGUCUACAUCAAAAAGCUACAAGCAAGCCAACCUGGAGUUAAAGAAGAAACUUCAAACCCAAAAUGAAGAAAACAAGAAGAAGAAGAAAAUGGCUGCACUGAAAGCUGCCAUGGAUUUAGAGGAGGCUCAAAACGCUCGAUCAGAAGCACCGCGGCAACAGAGAAACAACAACGCCUCUCAGCAAUCUUAUAGGGAAGAUAGAGGAGAAAAGAAGGGUGGGGAACACAGGGCACAUCAAGGAAAGAGCGACCAUCAAAUUCCCCCUUCUGCCACCAGACCCCCAGCCCCGAGGGGCCACGGAUUGCCUGGGCCCCUACCAGGAAACCAGCGGCAACCAACACCCAGUGUUCAGAGGGUCCCAAACUCACAGAGACACUGAGUAUGACUGCUGUCACAGAUGUGGAAAUGGCAAGCACUUUAUAGAGACACACACACUCCACCCUGCAUUCUCUGAUUUCAGA